AUAGCAGAGAACAGACAGUUAUUAUAUUAUUUUAAAUUGUGAGAAUGACUGUAAUCACCAUUAUUUAUGCUUCAUAAAUAAUAUCUAUAAAUCAUGUUAGUCUGCCGCUCUGCCGAUAUUGGACGCUAAAAUAGCCACUUCCUACAUUAAUCAAUUAUAUUCAAUAUGUCAACGAGAAGCCAAAACGCAAUGAGCUUCUCCGAGGAAGUACAACGGCACUCUGUUCACACAUUAGUUUUUAGAUCACUCAAAAGGACUCAUGAUAUGUUUUUAUCAUGUCAAGGGAUGCUACCACCAAUAGACGAAGAAGCGGAGAGGAUAAAAAAACUUGUUAAAGCUCGAGAUUGUUAUGGUCUGGUUUUUGACAAAGUGGAACGUAAUAAGAUAAACAUGAAGAAAUCUCAACCAAAUCAUCCUAAAUCAGAGAACCUUGAUAUCUAUAAAGAUAAUCAUCUCCCAUUAGCCAUAACUGAUAAUCCCGAGAAAGUAAAUAAAAAUACAGAGACCAGUAUGGUUUUAUCGAGUCCAAGUACACAAAACAUAGCUGCUGCUAAUCGACUGAUUAAUCAUAUUAUGCCAAAACCAAAAUGGCAUCCUCCAUGGAAGUUAUACCGAGUAAUAUCUGGACAUUUGGGUUGGGUGCGUUGUGUUACUGUCGAACCUGGCAAUGAAUGGUUUGCUACUGGUGCUGCUGAUCGAGUUAUUAAAAUUUGGGAUUUAGCUACUGGAAAAUUAAAACUUUCCUUAACUGGACACGUGAGUACUGUGCGAGGCUUACAAGUAAGUCCUAGACACCCUUAUUUAUUCAGUUGUGGUGAAGAUAGGCAAGUGAAGUGUUGGGAUUUGGAACAUAAUAAAGUAGUUCGACAUUAUCAUGGACAUUUGAGUGCUGUAUAUAGUCUUGCGUUACAUCCAACAAUUGAUGUAUUAUUAACUGCUGGACGAGAUUCAACUGCUCGAGUAUGGGACAUGCGUACGAAAGCUAAUGUUCACACACUUACUGGACAUACAAAUACAGUUGCCAGUGUUGUUGCCCAUGAAUUUGAACCUCAAGUAAUGACUGGAUCUCAUGACUGUACAAUUAGGCUAUGGGAUUUAGCUGCUGGAAAGACUCGUGCAACUCUUACAAAUCACAAAAAAAGUGUGAGAUCACUAGUUUUACAUCCAAAAGUGUACAUGUUUGCCAGUGCAAGUCCUGAUAACAUAAAACAAUGGACAUGUCCAGAUGGUAAAUUUAUACAAAAUCUUACUGGUCAUAAUGCUAUAGUUAAUUGUAUGGCUGUAAAUUCUGAUGGGGUGUUGAUGUCUGGAGCAAAUAAUGGAUCAAUGUAUGCAUGGGAUUGGAGAACUGGUUAUAAUUUUCAGAGAAUGCAGGCUCCUGUACAACCUGGAUCAAUGGAUAGUGAAGCCGGAGUAUUUGCUAUGGCAUUUGAUAACAGUGGUACAAGACUCAUUACAGCGGAAGCUGAUAAGACUAUAAAACUUUACCGAGAGGACGAUACUGCUACUGAAGAAAGUCAUCCAAUUAAUUGGAAGCCUGAUAUAAUCCGAAGAAGGAAAUAUUAAUAUUUUUGUAAACAAUUAUUGACACAAAUAAAUAUAUCGUUUUGAUAUUAUUGCUGGCAAA